GCUUUAUUUCAAUCUCACAGGCAUGACACAGGCUAAACAAUUAUUUAGAUCCAUGGCUUUGUUAAGCCUUUGGGGAAAUAAUGCCUAAAGUAUGCUAAGCCGCUUUGCCGAACUCUGUCAGACUCAUCUUUUGCUCAAACUGUCUGCCUCUGCCCUUCCUCUCCUCCUUCCUCUGCACCCAUGGGUGGGAUGAGAACCCCUUACUGACUGGCAGUCGCUUGCCGGCUAUGUGCGUGACAGUAUACUGGGAAAAGGUGUUCCAGGACCCCCGGCUGCUAAAUGGUAACACUUCAGCACUGUGGCGUGACACAGGUCACUGGAGAGCACAAGAAGAAUGCUGCGGUUGGCAGAGGAGAGCAGAGAGACGGGGGUCAACACCGUGACCAUGUUGGAUGAACAGGGUGAGCAACUCAAGAGUGUAGAACAAGGCAUGGACCAAAUCAACCAGGACAUGCACAAGGCUGAGAAGGAUCUGAGUGACCUGUCCAAGUGCUGUGGCUUGUGUGUGUGCCCCUGGAAUAGAGUGGCGUCGAUUGAACAUGAUUCAAGGUACAGGCAGACCUGGGGCCUUGGCAUCGACAAUGCCGGCGGCCCCAAUGCAGAUGCAGUCGAUGGGGGGAAUCCUGCAGUUUUGUCCAGCCAGCCCCCCAGAAUCCACAACGGCAUGCCUACCUCCGCAGCACCUUCAGGGCCAUACAUAAAGAGGAUAACCAAUGAUGCUCGGGAGGACGAGAUGGAGGAAAACUUGGGUCAGGUGGGAAAUAUCAUCGAUAACCUGAAGUCCUUGGCCGUCGACAUGGGCACGGAGAUCGAUAAGCAGAACAAACAGAUCGACCGCAUUACCGACAAGGCUGAGAUUAAUAAGGCACGCAUUGAUGACGCAAACCAGAGAGCCAACAAACUCAUCAAAUAGAGUACAGAACAGAUUGUUCUCUCUUCCAUUACCAGCUCCCCAUUUUAUCUCUCAUCCAUCUAGCUCAUAAACAGUUUUGUCUUGGGCAAAGAGAGAGGUUUAUGUGGUAUGGUGUCAGGCCCUGAAGAAACCUGCUCCCGCCAAAUGUUACCUUAUCAUUCUGAAUAACGUGGAAAAUUCAGGGUUGUUUUAAGUCCAAUGUUUCCUUAACUUCUAAAAUGGAAUGGAACUUAAAACAUGUUUCUAAUCAUAUCAUUCAUCAUUCUUUUUUUGUGUAGUGGUUAAACUCGCAUAGUUUUUAUUUCAAGUAAAAUGUCACAGUGAUCCCUAUGACUCUGACCAGAGUAAGUGGUUAGAAGAGAGAUGGAUGGGUAUUAAAAUGAUGAUGUGCAAUUAAGUGGUUCUUUCUUGCUCUUAUUGCCAAAAUGGUUAGUCUGCAAUAUGGAGUAUUGUCCGAUUCUAAUAAUGUAACUUUUAAAUUGUUUCAAAUUUGGACAGUUGUAUAACUUUCCGUCCUGUGUGGUCAGCCUCCAUUCUGUGCUUUGAAGGCUUAUUUCUGUUUGAUUUGCAUGGCUAUACUGUACUAGCAAUACAGUCAUAGCAUUGUUCCAUUAUGAAGCCUUUACUGAACAAGCUCACUGUGAAAGAGGGUAACAAACCUGAUUUUAUUUGUUUAUCCAUUGUUCCUUUGCUUGUACAGGCCUUAUUUGACCACAUGCUGUAUAUCUUUACAACCUCAUAAGUGAUAUUGUUUUUAUCACAUAUUUUAGUUUAAAUUCAGUUGCCAUUGUCUUAAUAAAAUGUCAUAUGUUCCAAAUGUUUGUGAACUAGUCUCGUCUAAGAUGGUAGACCUCCUUAAUUUGAUACAGAAUGUAGAAUAUCUGGAGGUAAUUGUAUGAAAAUAAUUUGCUGAUGAAGAAACCCCAGGUGGUGGAAUGGGGCUGUGUUGUAACAGCCGUGUACCAGCAUGUUUCCUUCGUGUGACUGAGAGAUCAUCCCUGAAAAGCUGAAUUUUAAAAUUAAUUAGGUUCCUUUCAUUCUAUGUGUUAAUAACCCUGCGUAAUGCAAUCGCAAUCAUGUAUGACUAAAAUGAAACAUAAUCUGAUCUUGGGCCAGCUGAUUGUAAAAGAUGCCAAUUGUUUAAUUUUUACAGCCAUUUGUCAAUUGAGGUAGCCAUAACUAGCCAUAAUUAUGUAAUUACGUGCUCGAUGUCAGCAGUUUGCAUAUGAUGCAAGUAAUUUAGGUCAUUUUAGAAUUCAGUAUGUGAAUAUUGUUUUUAUAUAAGCUGUUUGUUCAUAUUUAAUUUUUCUUCACUUUAUAAAUUAGCAUUUCUGCCUCCUUGUUAAGUAUAAAGUUCUAAAUAUAUUAAUAAAGUAUUCAAAUUGUUUUUU